AUGAGUGAUCCAACGCUGCAGCUACCUCGAAUCCUUUGCCUACAUGGCGUGGGUUCAAAUGCAGACGUCCUGUUCUUACAGACACGUGCUCUUCGCGAUAAGCUCUCGUCCUCAUUCCGCUUCGUCUUUGCAAAUGGGCCUUUCUUCUGCGAGGCGGGACCAGGUAUGCUCCCUGUGUAUGGAGGUGCAGAGCCCUUCCGACGGUGGCUGCGUUGGUCGGCCUCACAUCGAGUACUCAAGCCACAGUUCCAUAUCGAGACCAUCCGGCGAUGUCUCGAGGAUGCAAUGACUGAAGACGACGAGGCCGGUGCUACUGGGCCAUGGGUAGGAUUUCUUGGGUUCAGCCAGGGCGCACGGCUCAGCGCAUCUCUCCUCUAUGAGACGCAACGACGCCAGAGCCUGCGUGACGCGAACGAAUCUGUGUGGGGCUACGAGGGGGAAGACGUCGAGACCAAGCUUUGGAAGCAGGAUUGGAAGUUUGCUGUCUUGUUCUCUGGUCCUGCACCCCUCGUUGCGCUCUCUCCUGGCCUCGAAGACAUCCCAUUGCAAAGUCCUACCGAACUAGAUGUGUCUUACAAGGAACCGGACAAGCUGGAUCCGACGGGCAAAGUCUUCAUAGACAGACCGACUCUACACAUCAUUGGACUACAAGAUGAGUGGGUAUCUUCGCAGCGAACGCUGUGUUACAAAUACUGCUCGGCAGCAUCGAGAACUCUUUUGGAAUGGGAAGGAGAUCACCGAAUACCCAUUGAGCCACAGCAGGUCGAGCUGAUCGCUCAACACAUGGUAGCUAUGGCAGGAAUGAAGACCGAGACAAAGUAG